AUGCUUUCAUCGUCAAUCGCACUUGCUCGAGAAUUUCCCGAUAGUGGCGAGAACAAGACGGAGAUACAUCCAUACGGCACGGCAGAUGCCUACACGGAUAAAGACCGAAUCGUUGAAUUACUUAAUCGACUAAGCUCAAGGAUGGCAGACGCUGACAUCCAUACUUGUGAAGAAUUAUGCUGUGGAUUCUACGACUGCCGUCAUCAACACAAAACGAACGACUUUCUUGUUGAGGUCAAACCCUCUGGAGGACGCUCAACUAAUAAAAAGAAUCAUGUUCUUUCCCCUUGGGUUUUGGGAUACUCGAAAGGCGAAAUUGACGAAAUUAAAGCCGCUGGCGAACGAAGUGAUUAA